AGAGAAAGACGGAGAUAGAGAGAGAGAUGGAGGAAAAGGGAGAUUGGGAGCAUCUGAGUGGGUGGGGUCGGAGAUGAUGAUAAGGAGGAGGGGGGAGUUAGAAAAGAGAGGGAGAGGAAGGGGUCUGUGGUGGUCAUCAUCAUUCUUGGAGCAGAAAUUUGUAAGGAUGGAUAGUGGAACGUGCCUAGUUCAUUCAUACUGAGGGGUUUUCUGUUUUUGUUUUGUUUCUUAUUUCCCGAAGUGGAGCUGGAUCUGGACAGCACCAUGUUGCUGUGGAUAGGAAGUGAAAAGGUGGGAAGAGACUGAGGGAAGGAUGGCGUACACACAGGACAGUUGGAACCCGUCAACGAGGGUCUUCUGUCCAGACUGUCAGAUUUGCUGCUGUGUCGUUGGUCGUGCCGAUCGUGCCUGCAGUGGUGUUGGGAAUGUAGCUGCUGCCAGUCCACUGAGGAGGAGGUGGAGAUUUUGGGGCCAUUCCCUGCACAGACCCCAUCGUGGCUCAUCAAUGACUGCCAUGAUGAGAAAGAACCAAACUCUCACCUCAUGGUACGUGAACACGCCCCUCCAGACCAAAACCACUGCAGCAGCAGCAGCAACAACAGCAGCACCAGCACCAGCCGCCGUCGCUCCAGCUCAGAAAACUCCCGCUCCACCUUCAGCCUCGCCCGCCAACUGUCCUCUCUGGAAGCCCGACGGCCCAGCUCCCCUCUGGUGGACAUGAAGCCCAUCGAAUUCUGGGCCAUGGGACCCAGGAAGGAGGUGGUGCAGCCCCUGCGUAAGCCGCAUACCCCGCCAGACGACUACUUCCGCAAGCUGGAGCCACGGCUGUACUCGGUGGACUCUGGUGGGGAUGAUGUAGAGUCUCUGACAGACGAGGAGAUCCUGCUGCGCUACAAGCUGGGCAUGCUGCACUUCAGCGCUCAGUAUGACCUCAUCAACGGCCACCUGAGCGUGCGUGUCAUCGAGGCACGUGACCUACCUCCUCCGCUGACCUGCGACGGCGCCAGGCAGGACAUGGCACACUCUAAUCCCUAUGUCAAGAUGAGCCUGCUGCCUGACCACAAAAACUCACGGCAGACUGGCGUCAAGCGCAAGACCCAAAACCCAGUGUUUGAGGAGCGUUUCACCUUCGAGCUGCCCUUUCUUGAGGCCCAACGCAGGACCCUGCUGCUGUCCAUCGUCGACUUUGACAAGUUCUCACGGCACUGCGUAAUUGGAAAGGUGGUGCUACCUCUCAGUGAGGUGGAUCUGGUGAAGGGGGGACACUGGUGGAAGGCACUGGUGCCCAGCUCUCAGAAUGAAGUGGAGCUUGGUGAACUCCUGCUGUCCUUAAACUACUUGCCCAGUGCUGGCAGGCUGAAUGUGGACGUCAUCAGGGCCAAGCAGCUGCUGCAGACUGACAUGUGCCAAGGCUCAGAUCCCUUUGUGAAAGUGCAGCUGGUGGCAGGUCUGAAAUUGGUGAAGACUAAGAAGACAUCAUGCAUGAGAGGCACCAUCGACCCCUACUACAACGAGUCCUUCAGCUUCCGGGUACCUCAAGAGGAACUGAGUGAGGUUAGCCUCGUGUUCACAGUGUAUGGACACAACGUGAAGAGCAGUAACGACUUUGUGGGCCGCGUAGUAAUUGGUCAGUUUUCCACGGGCCCUGCGGAGACCACCCACUGGCGGCGGCUGCUGCGUUCCCAGCGGACCCCCGUGGAGCAGUGGCACAGUCUGCGCUCCAGGGCCGAGUGCGACCGUGUGUCCCCCGCAUCCCUUGAGGUCACAUGAUCCUGACUGGGAUGCCUGAUUGGUGGAGGCGGAACGGAGAUGUGCUGGAUUGUGUUUUGGCGAGGAUCUUUCGUGGUCUCACCUGAAAGACUAAUUACACUAAUUUUUGACUCGGGAAAAGGGGGUUAGGGGUACGUCAACAUUUACUCUACACUGUGGCUUGAAGGACCAGUUAUAGAUAGAUUUACUAUCAAACCACAGUGUUUCCAGAAACAGUGGGAUCUGGCUGCAGUCCACUUGUUCUGACCUCACACCUGUUCUGAACAGGGGAAAAAAGGCCUCGUAGUGUUUUUCCACCAGUCAUACAGAGCAGGAGCCUGCCAUCCACAUUUUCUCUUUAUCACAUUGAUGCUAUCUUACAGGACAGCUCAAUAACUUCAUCAUCGUCCGUCUCACAGCCGCUCAGCUGGACGCUGGGGCAGCGGAAACCACUCCUCCUGCUGGUAUGGGGUGCAGUGUUUCAACCACCUUACUUCUUUUAAUCCGACUACAACACAAGGUAGUUGGAAGUCAAUCCAAAAGCAAUCUGAGUUCCUUAUAUGAUUUUUUUUUUUUUUUACAGUUUCACACCAAAGCUUCUGUUUUCGUUUCUGUUGUAUUGAGCUGUGCACAUGUAUGUCCGUCUGUCCACAGAGUGAAUGUCUAAUGUUUUCAGUAAGUGUUCGCACUCCUAAUAGCAAUCGCGUUCUACGUCACCACGUCAGAAUGUGUUGGUGUUUGCGUGGAUAUUUUUUCCAGGGUGUAGAGACACUCCAGCCAUUCCAGAAAAGGUGCAGAUAAACUCACCUCCCUCUGGUUUAAAACUAACCUUUGUACGUUUACCAACAGUCCAGUCCAGUCCAGUGUGGUCCACAUGUUGCCAUGGUGUGUAUCUUGUCCUACCUCCUCUCUGUCUGUCUAGUGUGUAGAUGGAUAUAGAUCGGUCCUGCUGGAGGAGUGAUGUUAUGUAGCUUUCUCGUGUGUGCCUAGUAGUGAACUGUUCCAGGUCUAGAGACACCUUGUAUGAUUGUGAAAUCUCAAUGUUAGUGUACGACUUGACCGUGAAAAAUGAUUACAGUAGGUAAAAACACAUAAGAAAAACAAAGAUGUGCCAGUGAAGAUAUUUAUUUAGAUAAAUCAAUGCGUAGACAUAUUAUAUAUUUAUCUCUACAAAUAUACAUAUAUUUAUUACUUCAACUGUAUACGAUGAAUGACAUGACUUGAACAAAUACAGAAUGUGUUACUGGACGUGAACAUGAGGGGAGGCAGAAAUACAAAAUAAAUAUAUUGGAAUAGAGAGGCGACUGAUAUGUUCCUGCCUGUUCACAGCAAACCUGUGAGCGAGGGUCAACCACUGCUGCUCAAUGUGAAAUGCUGCUCGCGUGUCAGAUAAAGUUUGGUUUGAACUCCGAAGACACCUGGCGUCCAGGUGGAUGGUAGCUAGGGAGUUAUAAAUACCCUCCCUUGUCUUUUUUUGUUUUAACCUUGGCAAGCCAGACCUCUUGUAAGUGAUGAGUUGUUUCCAUUUAAACGCCCAUUCAAAAGUGCUGUCAGUUCCCGUCUUUGUCCUUUUGAGACUCUGUGUUAAAUGGUUGUCUGUCUGUAUAUGAAAGCUUUUCCAACAUUAAUGAAUUUAAUGAUGGUU